CCGCAGACUUGGGUUUCCCGCGCCCUUUCCCGCUCCCUCUAAGCUCCCUAGGACGCCUCUAGCCCAAUCUCCCCAGCUUCUAGGGCGCACCGCAAUCUUUCUGACCUUACCUCCGGCUCAAGGACAUGGCGACCCCCACCGGGACCCGGGUUCCCUGCCUCGAGGUCGCUCGGAGGCUUCUGCUCUGCUGGGCUCUGGUCCAGGUCCCCGGCGCCGCAGGCGCUGAAGACAUAGCGGUAGCAUAUAAUUUAACUUGGAAAUCAGUUAAUUUCAAGACAAUUUUGGAGUGGGAACCCAAGCCUGUCAAUCAUGUCUACACUGUUCAGAUAAGCCAUCCAUUAGGAGACUGGAAGAGCAAAUGCUUCUCUGUGACAGAAACAGAGUGUGACCUCACCGAUGAGAUUGUGCAAGACGUGCAUCAGACAUACUCGGCUCGGGUCCUGUCCCUCCAGACAGGGGCCUCCUCUUCCUUGGGGGAGCCUUUGUUUAAGAAUGCCCCGCAGUUCACACCUUACCUGGAGACCAUGCUUGGACAGCCAAUAAUUCAGAAUUUUGAACAAGUUGGGACUAAACUGAACGUGACUGUAGAGGAUGCACUUACCUUAGUCAGGAUGAAGAACAAAUUCCUAACGCUCCGGGAUGUCUUUGGCCAGGACUUAAGUUACACACUCUAUUACUGGAAAGCCUCGAGUACAGGAAAGAAAACAGCCAAGACAAACACAAAUCAGUUUUUAAUUGAUGUGGACGAAGGAGAAGACUACUGUUUCCUUGUUCAAGCUGUGAUUCCAUCACGAAGGACGAACCAGAAGAGUCCAGAGAGUGCCAUCGAGUGCACCAACCAGGGCAAAGGUGUGUCGCGAGGAAUGUUCUUUAUCAUUGGCGCCGUCGUAUUCGUGGUCAUCAUCUUCAUCAUCGUCCUGACUGUGUCUCUGUACAAGUGCAGGCCGGGGAAAGCAAAGAGGGGAGGGAAAGAGAACUCCCCUCUCAACGUUGCAUAAGGAGAAGAGCCGCAGACACUGCCAACCACUGCAAAGUUUAUAUUGCACUGUAACCAAGAACUCGUAAGAGAAGAGGCGACACAGAAGGAGCUAGGAGCCGGGAGACUCUUGGUCUGGCCUGUUCUCACCAUUAGUGUUCUGAUUUCGACAUCAGCACUAGUCAUUUCAGAAUGUAACAAACGGUACAACGGAUUCUGAGUUUUAGAGUUUCCUGUUAACACUAUGUCACCUGUCGCACAUAGUAUGCUUUAGACUGUCUAUUCCACGCUCAAGAUGGGACCAGGUCAUCGGAGCAAAAAGCAAAUGAACAGACGUCUUAAAGAAUCCUGGGUGGACUGAUAGAGAAAUUUGGGUGUCUGGCAUCAACUCCUAUGGGAAGUAAAAUGGAAAUUGGGUGGACUUUUGUAACUCAUCUGUCCCUUAUUAUGUGGUGUUUAGGUUCUUUUCAUUUUGAUCAAACAUUAGGCAAACUUUCAUAUGGAUGCUCUAAAUGCAGAUACCUUCUAUUUUGGUUACAUCCAUAUUAUACAUUACAGUUUAGCACUUUAACUGACUUAAAUGCUGUUGAUUAGAUAUUUGACAGCUUGCUAUGUUUUUAAUAUGACUACUACACACACUACAUAGAAUUUAUGUCAAAGGUACUUCAAGCCUUGAUGGUCAACAUUGUACAUAUUUAUAUAAUUUUUUAAAAAGGUUUUGUAUAUGGGUAUUUUCUAUUUAUAAAGGUAAUAUUGUUCUGUUUGU